AUGGCGGCCGUGGCGGCGGGCGGCCUGGUGGGGAAGGGGCGCGACAUCAGCCUGGCGGCCUUGCAGCGCCACGACCCCUAUAUCAACCGCAUCGUGGACGUGGCCAGCCAGGUGGCUCUGUACACUUUCGGCCAUCGGGCCAACGAGUGGGAAAAGACUGAUGUGGAAGGAACCUUAUUUGUUUACACAAGGUCUGCUUCCCCAAAGCAUGGGUUCACCAUUAUGAAUAGGUUGAGCAUGGAAAACAGGACAGAACCCAUUACUAAAGACCUGGAUUUCCAGCUCCAGGAUCCUUUCCUUCUCUACAGAAAUGCCAGAUUGUCCAUUUAUGGGAUUUGGUUUUAUGAUAAGGAAGAAUGCCAAAGAAUUGCAGAGCUUAUGAAAAACCUAACUCAAUAUGAACAGUUGAAAGCCCAUCAGGGAGGUGGAGCAGGAAACUCCCCAAUGAUCCUCAAUUCAGGAGAGGGCAAGGAAGUAGAUAUCUUACGAAUGCUCACCAAGGCCAAAGAUGAAUACACCAAGUGUAAAACCUGUUCUGAGCCAAAACAGAUAACCAGUUCGUCUGCCAUCUAUGACAACCCCAAUCUCAUCAAACCAAUUCCAGUGAAGCCCAGUGAAAACCAGCAACAGCGCAUACCUCGGCCCAGCCAGACCUUAGACCCCGAACCCCAACACUUGUCCUUGACAGCUCUCUUUGGGAAGCAGGACAAAUCUACAUGUCAGGAAGCUGUGGGGUCCCCACAGACCAUCCACCAGCAACAGCACCAGGAGCCACUUCCAAUUAGGCAGGGGGUCGUACGCUCCCUCUCCUAUGAGGAAACCAGAAGACACUCGCCCCCCAUCGAGAAGCAGCUCUGUCCAGCCAUUCAGAAACUCAUGGUCCGGAGCGCAGACCUCCACCCCUUGUCAGAGCUGCCUGAAAACCGGCCCUGCAGAAACGGCAGUACCCAUUCUGCUGGGGAAGUUUUGCUGGGACCUGUGCAGCCAGGGUCUCCCCAGAGCUUUGGGACUUCUCAGCGUGUACAGAGUGCUUCCAGAACUCAGAGCCUGCUGGAGAAGCUUCAGAGUGCCCCGAGGCCAGCAAAUAAGUAUGACCCUAGCACACCAGCACCUGCCAGCUUAGCGGCCCCAACCCUCAGCACCGCUCUCCCCACUGCCACCCCUGGCGCCCCAGUAAAGGGGCUGGCUCAGGCACAAGCGGGGUAUUUCAAUGGCUCCCUUCCAGCUCAGCCACUAGGACAUCAGGCUCACGGCGAAGAGCAGUCCACACACCCGAGACCCACGCUCCCCCUCUCUGGCAGUCAGACUAGUAGUUCUGGAGUGAUCUCCCCUCAGGAGUUACUGAGGAAGCUGCAGAUUGUACAGCAGGAACAGCAGCUGCACGCGUCUAACCGACCAGCCUUGGCAGCCAAGUUCCCUGCAGUAACUCCGAGCUCCGGGACGGGGAAAGCGCUGGAGUCCUGGAUGCACAAGACAGCCAGCGCAGAAAAGCAGACUCCUCUUUUUCAGGUCACCUCGCCUCCGCGUGUCCCUGCCACCCGGGCUCCUUCUCUGCUCAUGUCCCCCAUGGUGUUCACCCAACCCACCUGUGCCCCACCAAAGGAGAUGGAUGCUGGGCUCUUGCCCCUGGGAAGCCAAGAACCAGCUGCCACUUCCGCCAGCCUCCUCCUGCCUCUGCAGACCCUGGAGCCCCCCGUGACCACCAGCAGCCCACUUACCAAGCUACAACUUCAGGAAGCACUGCUGUACCUCAUUCAGAACGAUGACAACUUCUUAAAUAUCAUCUACGAAGCUUAUCUCUUCAGCAUGACACAAGCAGCCAUGAAAAAGACGAUGUAAAGCAAAACAUUUUAAGACUGAUUUUCAAGGUCCUAUGGCUCAAGGUUCUUUCACGUCAAUGGCGUUACUCUAAAUGUUUCUGCCUUUUUUUAAAAAAAAAA